CGGGGGGCGCGGGGAACGCCGGGAAGCCGCCGCCCAAGAUGGCGGCAGGAUUGAAAAGUUGUCGGUGGCGCUGAGGCAGCUCCGGACGGGCCGGGAGCGGGAAACGGGGCCUGGCAGGGCCAUGGCCGCCGCCGGGCAGUGAGCCCGGGCCCCAGGGCCCUCACACGCACCCAGGCCGGGCGGGCACGGCCGCUGCGGGGAUGCCCCGGGGGGGGCCGGGGCCGCCGCCGCCGGAGACAUGGAGGAGGAGGGAAAAAAAGGCAAAAAGCCUGGAAUAGUGUCUCCUUUCAAACGAGUCUUCCUGAAGGGCGAGAAAGGCCGAGAUAAAAAAGCCCAGGAGAAGGUUACGGAGCGGCGGCCGCUGCACACGGUGGUGGUGGCUCUGCCUGACCGCGUGGAGCCCGACGUCCUGCUCAACGACUACAUCGAGAAAGAAGUGAAGUAUUUAGGUCAACUCACGUCCAUCCCGGGGUACCUGAAUCCCUCCAGCCGCACGGAAAUCCUGCAUUUGAUCGAUAACGCCAAGAGAGCUCACCAGCUGCCGGGGCUGCUGACCCAGGAACACGACGCUGUCAUCAGUCUCUCCGCCUACAACAUCAAGCUGGUGUGGAGGGAUGGAGAAGAUCUCAUCCUCAGGGUCCCCAUCCACGACAUCGCCUCCGUCUCCUACAUCCGAGACGACUCCUCUCACUUGGUCGUCCUGAAAACGGCUCAGGACCCCGGGAUCUCCCCGAGCCAGAGUCUCUGCGCCGAGAGCUCCAAAGCCCUCACCUCGGGCUCGCUGUCCGAGAGCGGCGUGGUUCCCGUCGAAGCUUGUUGCUUGGUGGUCCUGGCUACGGAGAACAAAGUGACCGCCGAGGAGCUGUGUUCCCUUCUCAGCCAAGUCUUCCAGAUCGUUUACACCGAGUCCACCAUUGACUUUUUGGACAGAGCAAUAUUCGAUGGGGCGUCCACGCCGACGCGGCACAUGUCCUUACACAGCGACGACUCUUCUACAAAAGUGGACGUGAAGGAAUCUUACGAAACGGAAGCAAGCACUUUUUCCUUCCCAGAAACCUUAGAAGCGGGUGACAACUCCCCCUCGUCCUUCUCCACGCAACAGUCUCCGCACGUCAAGACGGUCAGUGAGAGCGAGCUGAGCACCACGGCCACCGAGCUGCUCCAGGACUACAUGAUGACGCUCCGAACCAAACUCUCUUCCCAAGAGAUCCAGCAGUUCGCGAUGCUGCUGCACGAGUAUCGCAACGGGGCUUCGAUCCACGAGUUCUGCAUCAACCUGAAGCAGCUCUACGGGGACAGCAGGAAAUUCCUGCUCCUGGGUCUUCGUCCCUUCAUCCCCGAGAAGGACAGCCAACACUUCGAGAACUUCCUGGAGACCAUCGGGGUGAAGGACGGCCGCGGCAUCAUCACGGACAGUUUCGGGAGGUACAGACGGACGCUCAGCACCACCUCCAACUCCACCACCAACGGCAACGGCGCCGCCGGCAGCUCGGACGACCAGUCGGUCCCGUCCGAGGAGGACGAGUGGGACCGCAUGAUCUCGCACAUCAGCAACGACAUCGAGGCGCUGGGCUGCAGCAUGGACCGCGAUUCCUCCUGAGAGCCGCCCCGAUGAGGUUUUGGGGCUCCACCGGGAUGUAAUUAACCUCCCGUCCUCAUUAAUGGCUCCGAGUGGCGGCCGGUGCCCUCUCACAGCCCGUUGGUUUGGUUUUACCGGCACAGCGGGGAGCAAAGCCGGACAGAGACGUCAGCUACAGUUUUGCACAUGGUGUCCCUCCUGUAACUGCUCUUCUCCUCCUCCUCCUCUUCCUCCUCCCUGUUUUUCAAUGAAGUUUACCACAAUGUGAAUUAUUUAAACCAAUUCUCAAUGUCGUUGAAAGAUUUUGGCUCCGGACCCGCAGGAGAAGCCGCCGACGCCGCGGUGGGAGCGGGAACCCAGCUGCACCCGCGGCUUCGUGCUUGUGUGGCCGCAAACCCCAUCCUGCCCCCCCAAAAAUACCAGGGGGGGGCCUGUUGUACAUAUUUGACAAGCGGUUAUAAAUACACAGUUAUUUUUUUAAGCUGCACCCCCUGCCAGAGGAGCGCUCCAAGGACGAGGUGCCAUUCAUGGGGACACCCAAAAGGGUUUGGGGGGGGUCCCGUGUCACCUGAAAGCCCCAAUGAGGGGAAGGACAGGGCUGGAGGGGGGUGAGGGAUCCCCAGCAGCACCCUGGGUGGGGGAUCCAGCCACCCCAUGCACAGGUUUGUGUCACAGCCCUUCUGUACCCAAACCCCACUUUGCAUCCCCCCCGCUCCCAGUGCCUUUAACCCUCGCGCUCCCUUCAUCCCUCCAUCCUCUCCCUCUCUUACCUGCGCAUCCCGGGAUCUCGGUACGAUCCCGCACGGACCCCCAGCCCUGGUCCUCCCCGUCCCGCGGCCGGUACACACUGGGGAGCAGGAGAAAUGGGGGCGGGGGGGGGGGGGGAAGGUCCUCCCCGAGCAUCCUCGGGAGUCAGGGACCAAGAUUUUCCUCCUUUUUAAGCCCAGCUUAGGGCUGGGAGCGCUCAGAGCCGGGGGGGGAGUUUUAGUGCCUUUUUAUUAUUUACAGAUUAAAAACAAUUAAAAAUCGCACACGUGGAUGUUCAAGUCAUUAAAGACUUAAAUUUGGAAACAAUUCCCCCAAAAAGCCCUAUUUUUGACAUGAUUGUAUACAGAGAAUAUAAACCAGGCGCUGUAACGUCUCACGGCGGGGGGGGUGUUUUUUAUACUUUGAUAGGAAAUGGGAUUUAAUUUCGGAACUAACCCCGAUUUGUAGUGUCGUGGGAGCAGCCGGGGGGCUCUGCCACCUCCAUGUCCCCAGCCCUGGUGGCACCGGGCCGGGGGACACCCGGGGGGGCUUUGUGUUUGCUGUACGGAUUAUUUGUUACUGGUAAAUAUAAUUCUGCACCCAA